GAUGACUCCGCCCUUAUAACUAUGUUUAGACGUAGUCUAAAGGAAAAUGUUAAAGACGAACUUAUAAGAGCCGGCAUAAAGAUUAAGAGUCUUAAUAACCUUAUCCGUACAUCGAUCGAAAUCGAUAAUAACCUUUAUAAAUAUGCUAUAGAAAGACGCCAUAAUGUCGCCCCUUAA